UUUUCGCUCGACAACAGCGAAAAGGUCGUGUAGUGCUCAUUCGAAAAUUGAAGCAGACUCUGCUCUGACAAUAGUUAAUAAAAGCGGGUGUGUGGUGGUUAAUUUUUUGGUGCGCAAAAUUAAGGAAAAUCAUAUUUAGUGGUGUCGAUUGCAAGCGGUAGCACGCAACUCUGUAAAAUUAGUAUAAAAUAUCAAAUAAACAUGCUACAAAAGGCUAACUGUGUAUAUUAGAAAUCAAUAGCUUUGUAAAUUCGUUUCGAUCUCGAUCUCGGUGUAUUUGCAUAUGCAAACUUUUGUCCAGUGGUUCUUUAGUAAGAAUUAUAUGUUGAAAUAUUGGAAGUGAAGUAAAGAGCGAAGUUAGUUGUAACUGUCUGGGCGGUAAUAAAUAUAUACGAAAAAUAGAAAAAAUCAACGAAGUGAAAAAGGGCGGAAAGGUGCAUACGAAUUAGCAUUGCAUUUAGCAAGUGUUGCAAUUGGAAAUAAGCUAAGGAUAAAAAUCUAGUUGGAAUCGGUCAAUUGGUCGAUUGGUUAGUCGAUAAUCGUACGUACAUGUUGGUACGCGCGUGUGUGUGCUAUCGGUUACGGUGUAGUGUUAGUGUUAGUGGUUAAAGAAAUUGUCCAAUUUGUGCCGUGUUGAGUGCUGUUCCGUAAACGUGAGAAGAGUAUAUAGCUAUAGAUUGGUGUGGUGCUUUUCGAAUAACACACAACAGCGGUGCGACAACAAUAAAAUAACAACAACGAGCGCUAUCGAGUGAAUUUGUAGCAGCAGACAGAGUACGUGUAUUUGAGCGCCGGAUAAGGGAGCAUCGCGAAAGAUGGGAAAGCAAAAAAUUUAUUGUGCGAAAUGCGAUAAAAAGUGUUCAGGCGAGGUGCUACGUGUGGCCGAUAAGCAUUUUCACAAAGCUUGCUUUCAGUGUUGUCAAUGCAAAAAGUCGCUCGCCACCGGCGGAUUCUUCACCAAAGACGGCGCAUAUUACUGCAUUCCCGACUAUCAGCGUCUCUAUGGCACAAAGUGUGCCGCUUGCCAGCAGUAUGUCGAGGGCGAAGUGGUCUCGACCAUGGGAAAGACGUAUCACCAAAAGUGUUUCACGUGCUCCAAAUGUAGCAACCCUUUCAAGUCUGGAAGCAAGGUAACAAAUACCGGUAAAGAGGUGUUAUGUGAGAAUUGUAUACCAGCGGCCACUUCAUCGCCCGUACGACAACCGAACGCUGUCGAUGUGUCGCGCAAAGAAGGCACGGUUUCACCAGUUCCAAAGGCGGAGAGUCCAACACGUGCCACGGCACAUCAGCAAAUGACGAGUGGUGUCGUUUCCGAUAAGGCACGUUUGAAGGAGGAUUAUGACCCGAACGAUUGUGCUGGUUGUGGUGAAAUGUUGAAAGAAGGUCAAGCAUUAGUUGCACUCGAUCGGCAAUGGCAUGUUUGGUGUUUCCGCUGUAAAGCGUGUAAUUCCGUGCUGAAUGGCGAGUACAUGGGCAAGGAUGGUGUACCGUAUUGUGAAAAAUGCUAUCAGAAGUCAUUCGGUGUGAAAUGCGCUUACUGCAAUCGCUUUAUUAGUGGCAAAGUAUUGCAGGCUGGUGAUAAUCAUCACUUCCAUCCGACCUGUGCACGCUGCACCAAGUGCGGUGAUCCAUUCGGUGAUGGCGAAGAGAUGUACCUACAAGGCAGCGCUAUUUGGCAUCCCCGUUGCGGUCCCGGUCCCUCGGAGUCUGGCAUUAUUUUAAAUGGUGGCGGACCGGCGGUGGGUAAUGGUGCCUUUACGGACACAGAAUGCGAUCGCAUGAGCUCGAGUGCGCUCAGUGAUAUGUACACGCGCUCCAGAACGCCGAGUUUUAAUGGUUCACUUUAUUCUUCUAGCCGCAAGCACUAUCGUACUGUUAGCCCUGGUCUAAUUUUACGUGAAUAUGGCCGACCCGGUGGUGAAGAUAUUUCACGUAUUUAUACAUAUAGCUACUUGACAGAUGCUCCACACUACUUACGCAAACCGAUCGAUCCGUAUGACAAGAUGCCCUUGUCGCCGCACUUUCAUCGGCCGCCAUCGUAUGCCACCAGCACCGGUGGUUCGAUGGCUGGCAGUCGGCCACCUUCACGACCACAUUCCCGUAGUCGCAGCGCUAUGAAAGUACUUGUGGAUGCCAUCAGAUCGGAGACGCCACGUCCCAAAAGUCCUGCCAUGAACAACGAAGAGCCCAUAGAGCUGUCGCACUAUCCCGCAGCGAAGAAACCACCACCAGGCGAAAAACCGAAAAUCGAAAGAGAUGAUUUCCCAGCACCGCCUUAUCCCUACACAGAUCCGGAACGUAGACGCCGUUACAGUGAGACUUAUAAGGGUGUAGCUACUUCCGAUGAUGACGAUGAAAUCGACACUACACAAAAUGGUGAUGUUGAGACGCGUUUACAACGUGAGGCUGAGGAGCUUGAAAAAUUGAAUUCAGGCAUUGGUUCAGCCAUUGCAAAAGAUCUAAAAGAGCACGCAAAAUAUAAAAAGUGGAAACAACAAAAUUUAGAUCCGAGAAAUUCAUCACGUACACCCUCGGCAGCCAAAGAACCCAUACUCAAGUUAAGAUACGAGUCGCCUAUUGGUGCUUCACCAUCACGUAAUUUGGAUCAUCAGAAGCCUUUCUAUGAUGAAGAAAUGUUUGAUCGGUCGACUAGUUAUAGGGGAUCGUUAGGCAAAUCGCUUGGUAAUGCGCCCAGCUACAACGUGGUGAGCGCCUUGCGGCAUGUCCCUAAACCAGGAUACGGCUUGGCUCCACGCUCACAUACAUUCAGUGCAUCCACUGCGGCUGGUGGUACAACUGCUGCUGCUGUGCACCCUGUUGCUACUGAUUUUUCAUAUGGAGGUCUUGUGGAUAAAACUCAUAGUACAGAUUUAAGUUGCGGAAAAUCAGAAGCUUCAGUUGAUUCCAUAACGGAUGGCGAUAGACGCGCACUGAUGGGUGGUGAGCUUCCCGCUUCUAGCACAUAUUCGGGUGUACUGUCCUAUCAUUAUCCGCAAGCUGGUUUGAUACGUCGGAGUUUACCCAACAUGGCGCACUCUUUGCUCGUACACGAGCCGGCUAAGAUUUAUCCUUAUCAUCUAUUAGUCAUCACAAAUUAUCGUCUACCAACAGACGUUGAUCGCUGCAACUUAGAGCGUCAUUUGUCGGAUGUAGAAUUCGAACAUGUUUUACAAUGUGCACGUUCGGAGUUCUACCGACUGCCACAAUGGAGACGAAAUGAGCUGAAGCGACGGGCUAAGCUGUUCUAAAAACAAAAACAAAA